UUAAUUAAUUAAUUCAAUAUGUAAAAUUUAUCGGCUUCCAUUUUUUGAUUCUUCAGUUUUCUUCAUCUUUAUAAUUCUCUGCAUCUUCUUCACCAAAAAGCUCGAAUCCUUUUUUUGCUUUUUACCAGAUUCUGAAUUUCAAAUUUGGAUUCUUAUCGAUGGAAGCACCAGAGAACGACGCCGUAGCGUUCGAGUCAGCUGAGAAGAUAAUUCUCCGGUGGGAUUCUACGGUGUCGGAAGAAGCUAGAGAGAAAAUGAUAUUUGACGCCGAUCGUUACGAGAUCAAUCGGUAUUUGCACGCCGUCGAUGAAAUCCAACGGUCAAUGGAGUCCACAACACUCUCCGACGACCAAGAUAAAGCUAAUAGUGCGAUCCAGAUCGCCAUGGCUCGGCUUGAGGAUGAGUUUCGUAGCAUACUUGUUGCUCACACAAAUGCAAUCGAGGCUGAUUCGUUAACUGACCCUAGUCCUUCUCCAGUCCACUCCGGCGAAUUCCAGUUGCCUGUGGAAGACUACCAUGAUACCCCUACCGACGAUGAUUCAUUCACCAAAGAGUUGGAACAUCAAGAGAGUAGCAGCAGUAGCUAUCGAUCUACUAGCAGUAUCCGCGAAGUUGAUCUCAUGCCGCCCGUAGCAAUAUAUGAUCUCCGGAGUAUCGCCGAGCGAAUGAUUUCCGCUGGAUAUCUCCGGGAGUGUAUUCAGGUCUACGGUAGUGUACGGAAGUCCGCUGUGGAGUCGAGCUUCCGCAAGCUUGGAAUAGAGAAACUCAGCAUCGGAGAUAUCCAGAGACUUGAUUGGGAGACUUUGGAAACAAAGAUCCGCAGAUGGAUACGAGCUGCCAAAGUAUGCGUUCGCAUACUCUUCGCUAGCGAGAAGAAACUCUGUGAGCAAAUCUUCGAGGGUUUGGGCACGGUGACUGAUGAUGCUUGCUUUAUGGAGACUAUUAAAGGACCAGCUAUACAGCUAUUCAAUUUCGCUGAAGCCAUUAGCAUCAGCAGGCGAUCGCCUGAGAAGUUGUUUAAGAUAUUGGAUCUUCAUGACGCUUUAUCUGAUUUACUUCCUGAUGUUGAGAUUGUUUUCGAGUCAAAAUCUUCAGAAUCAAUCAGAGUUCAGGCAGUAGAGAUAUUGUCUAGGUUAGGGGAGGCUGCUAGAGGGAUACUGUCGGAAUUUGAGAAUGCUGUACUCCGUGAACCUUCGAAGGUCCCUGUUCCAGGAGGGACAAUUCAUCCCUUAACUAGGUAUGUCAUGAACUAUAUAAGUCUAAUUUCGGACUAUAAGAAGACAUUGGGUGAUUUGAUUGUUUCACAGCCAUCGACGGGAUCAAGGUAUUCAAGUGAUCCUAACACCCCUGAUAUGGACUUUGCGGACCUAGACGGGCUGACACCAUUGGCGCUUCAUUUGAUUUGGAUUAUUGUCAUUUUGCAGUUCAAUUUGGAAGGUAAGUCUAAGCACUAUAGAGAUACCUCUUUAGCUCAUUUAUUCAUGAUGAACAAUGUCCAUUAUAUUGUUCAUAAGACUAAAGGGUCACCUGAGUUGGGGGAAAUGAUUGUAGAUGAUUUCUUGAGAAAAUUAACGGGGAAAUUUAGACAAGCUGCUACCAGUUACCAGAGAGCAACCUGGGUGAGGGUUUUGCAUUGUUUGAGAGAUGAGGGACUACAUGUGAGUGGCAGUUUUUCAUCGGGGGUGUCAAAGAGUGCAUUGAGAGAGCGUUUCAAGACGUUCAACGCCUUGUUUGAAGAGGUGCACAGGACUCAGUCCACAUGGUUGAUACCAGAUACACAGCUCAGGGAGGAGCUGCGCAUUUCCAUAGCCGAAAAGUUGAUUCCUGCCUAUAGAUCAUUUCUUGGACGAUUCAGGAGCCAUAUAGAAAGCGGAAGGCAUCCAGAAAACUAUAUCAAGUAUACUGUGGAGGACCUAGAGAAUGCUGUCUUAGAUUUCUUUGAGGGGUACGCUGUGUCACAGCACCUAAGAAGAAGAUCUCAGUGAAAGAAUAUUAGUUUCAACAGUUAGUUCUUUAGGCCAUUCUUUGAAUUUUUUUCAUGGAGUUAUUCAGGGGCUCAGGUUAUGGCAUUCUGGUGUUUCUCGAGUUUCUACUUCCAUUUGUAGUAUUCCAGGGUGAUUGGCUGCUGAAAACUUCAGGAAGAUCAACUGUUAUCAAUCAAGAAGGGUCAGUGCCUCCUGCCUCUGGAUGCUCUGCCCUAAGUGGCUAAUCUGUGGUUACAAGCACAAGGAGCAUCCGAUUUAGUGCAGCAGAUUCAUGCAAUCGUUGUUGUUUAUCCUCCAAAUAUAUCACCUCAACAGGCCUUCUAGUUGAAACUCUGAAGUGUGCUGCAUCUGAUGGUCAGAACUUACAAGGAGGGCCUUCCAAUGUCACACAUCUUUUUGCUACCUCUUCACUUACCAGUCACCAUGUACUCCCUGUUUGUGUAUUCUCAAAUGUGGUAAUCUGUGUCCAAAGUAGACAUCACCCUCUAUUUCUUACCUAAAAAUGUAGAAUAUUUACUGACCAAGAUGUUCAAUUACUAAUCUGUUUAAAUACCAUUUGUAGAUUUGAUUACCACACUUGCAUAAAAUCCAUGUUUCUGUUUUUUUUCUA